CUUCCUUCACACGCGCUUUGCCUUUGCCCACGAAAAAGACAACCUACCCGGAGGGGAGGAAAAAAAAAGGCGACUGCAAGAGUUCUCCCCCCUCUCUACCUUUUGCUCCAAUCGCCGCCGAGAUCCGCUCCGGGUCCGCCCCCCCGCCGCCGACCGGGCCCGAGAUAGAGGCACCGUCCCCAGCAUCGGGUUCCACGGAGAAGGUGCCGAUUUGGAUAUCUGAUCCAUUUGCAGCGGCUUGACCGUUUCAGAGGUCCUGUGGGCUGUGUCCUUUGGCCUGUGGGCGGCUACUGGGUUGGUCAAUAUAAGAGGCUCUCUGCUUCCAGAGAUGGCACCAUUGUGAGGGGAAAUGGAUUCCGCCAGAAGUUGGUUCCAGAAGUUCCAGCCACGGGACAAAUCAAAGAGUCCAGCGGUGCCUGCCAGCCAUGGGAAGGAUCCUGGGAAACCCCCGAUGGAUGAUGCGCCUUCUAGCGCGACGAAACAGAAGGUUGCAGCGGCAAAACAGUACAUUGAGAACCACUACAAGACCCAGAUGAAGUCCCUGCAAGAUAGGAAAGAGAGGCGCUGGAUGCUGGAGAGGAAAUUGCAAGAUGCUGAAGUUCCUGUAGAAGAGCAGAAUAACAUUCUGAAACAUUUGGAGAAAAAGGAGACGGAGUACAUGCGUUUGCAGAGACACAAGAUGGGGGUUGAAGAUUUUGAACUUUUGACAAUUAUUGGAAGAGGUGCAUUUGGAGAGGUGCGUCUUUGUAGAGAGAAAACCUCUAAAAGUGUAUAUGCAAUGAAAAAGCUCAAGAAGUCUGAAAUGCUUCGUAGGGGCCAGGUUGAACAUGUCAAAGCUGAAAGAAACCUUCUUGCAGAAGUUGAUAGUGCUUACAUAGUCAAGCUUUACUAUUCUUUUCAAGAUGAUGAGUACUUAUAUCUCAUCAUGGAGUACCUUCCUGGUGGUGACAUGAUGACUUUACUCAUGCGCAAGGACACACUAACAGAAGAAGAAGCCAAAUUUUACAUCGCAGAAACUGUACUGGCAAUAGAAUCCAUUCAUAAGCACAACUACAUUCAUCGAGAUAUCAAGCCAGAUAAUCUAUUGUUAGAUCUCAGUGGUCACUUGAAGCUUUCUGACUUCGGCUUAUGUAAACCUUUGGAUAGUAGUAAUUUUCCAAAUUUGAAUGAGCCAGAUUAUACAUCUGGAAAAGGUGCCAAGCCUUUACCUGAUAACACGAGUCGGUUAACUAACUCUUCUGCUCCGAAGCGUACACAGCAGGAGCAAUUGUCACAUUGGCAAAAGAACCGGCGGAUGUUGGCGUAUUCAACAGUUGGUACCCCUGAUUACAUUGCUCCAGAGGUUCUAUUGAAGAAAGGAUAUGGAAUGGAAUGUGACUGGUGGUCCCUUGGUGCCAUCAUGUAUGAAAUGCUAGUUGGUUAUCCUCCAUUUUAUUCAGAGGAUCCAAUGUCAACCUGCAGAAAGAUUGUUAACUGGAGAAGUCACCUGAAGUUUCCUGAAGAGGCAAAGCUUUCUCCUGAAACUAAGGAUCUCAUCAGUAAACUUCUGUGUAAUGUUGAGCAGAGACUUGGAACAAAAGGAGCCCAUGAAAUAAAAGCACAUUCAUGGUUUAGAGGUGUCCAAUGGGAAAAAUUGUAUCAGAUGAAAGCUGCUUUCAUACCAGAAGUUAAUGGCGAGUUGGAUACUCAGAACUUUGAGAAAUUUGAGGAGACUGGAGCACAAGUCCAAAGUUCAUCUAAGUCAGGUCCAUGGAGAAAGAUGCUUCCAUCCAAGGAUGCAAACUUCGUUGGAUAUACAUACAAGAACUUUGAAAUUGUGAAUGAUGAUGAAGUUGCAGGGAUUGCCGAGUUGAAGAAGAAGACUUCCAAAUCAAAGCGGCCAACUAUCAAGACUCUGUUCGAGAGCAUGGAUGAAGAUGAACCUGUGCAUGGAAGUUUCUUAAAUAUGUUGCCCCAUAAGGAGGGACAACCUUCAUCUCAUUCCAGCGUUCCACCAGAACAAUACCAACCUCGACGUAAAUAGGAUAUGGAGGUUUUAAAAAACAACCACAGAAAAUUAAAACAAGAGAAAAAAAAACUGCUGCGUUUUCAUCUUUGUUACCCUGCCCCAACUUCUGUAAAUUCUAACCGAUGCUUUCUUUAGUGAAAUGCUUGAAACAAAAUAUCCAUCCUCUGUCCAAAUAGUAUGGUGCUUGAUUUUGGCAGUAAUGCUUGUUUAGUUCGCUGUAUGUUGGUGCAGUCUCGGUGAUGGGUCUCAGCAUAAGUGUAUACUUGUUACCAGCUCUGACGAGCAUGUGUAUUACAAUUAAAUUCACCUCUGCUUUUCUGGGCCUUUUAAAGAGAUUUAAUAGCUUUCAACCAA